AUGGCAGGCGUUGUCAAAUAUGAGCUGUCCGAUCUGGACAAGAGCGGGUUCCUCAAAGAGGUGACAGUCGCCAUGUUUUAUGAGGUUCCUCGUACCGUCGAUGUGGAAACUCUCAUCUCUUCCUUGGAAGAAGGGUUGAAGAACGCAAUCUAUCAGUUGCCAUUCAUGGCAGGAGAAUUGCAAUUUGAACAGACUGGCAAACUUUGCAUCAUCAAGUCCCCCGAAAGACAACUCAAAUUCGAGGUUCACCGAUUCGAUUCCACCGAACAUAAGCCUCUUUCGACUCUGGCUCAAACAUCGUUCGCUCCCGAGUCAUUGGACCUAACUCCAUUUCUACCAAAAGUCGCCGAAGACAAGAAGCCCGUAUGUGCGUUGAAUUUGAACAUCAUCGAGGGUGGCUUGGUUUUAGGACUCAGAGUGAACCAUGCAGCCGGGGACUGGUCUUCGAUUGACAAGUUCCUCUUUCUGAUAUGCAACAGCUGCAAAGCGCACCAAGAAGACUUGGAGACACCCACUUUCACGCCAGAUCUGGGCAGAGAUCCGUACAAUACGCCCGCAGAUAUCUCGAAUUACUCGAGACAUGAUUCCUUAGAGAGACUUCGACUUUUCUACGUUAUGGAAAAGAGUCAAUUCAAACCACCCUCUUCAACUCCAUCGCAGCCAAGAAUCUACCAAAUCUCGGAUGGGGCUAUCAAAGAUAUCAAAGCCCAAUGUACUCCAUACCUCACUGGAGUGGAGUUUGUAUCCUCUUACGACUGCAUUUCUGCUCUUCUCUGGACAUCAAUCACGCGUGCUCGACUUCAACUUCACCCAGAAAGGAAGAACUCCCCAUCUCGCUUUAUUCAUCCCAUUGAUGUGCGAGCUCGAGACCCAGAAAACAAAACGUCUGAACAAUAUUUCGGCAACGCUGUUAUCGGAGCUCAAGCUGGCCCUCUUGAUGCCCAUGACUUGGUGUUAGAUGCAAACCGAGGCCUGGCAACCGCAGCCUCGCUGAUUCGCCAAUCGGUUAAUUCAGUCGACCUGACUUCGAUCAGCCAUAUGACCUCCCUUAUUUCAUCGCUUUCGCCGACGGAAACUUUGGGCUCUCACGCUGAUUUCACGAACAUGGACGUGUUCAUGAACACUUGGCACUCCGGGAGCACCGAGAAAUACGAUCUUGGAGCGGGCGUAGUUCCCGUUGCUUUCCGACUCUAUGCACCGAUGCCGGGGGCUUGCGCGGUGAUAUUGCCAAAUUUCUCACGUGGAUCAACGAGGAUCUUUGAUAUUCAUCUGCAAGUCACGGCAGAGGAGCACGAGCUGUUAAAGCAAGAUGCUGAAUUUACGAAAUAUUUUGAGCUUGUUGCAUAG